ACGAAGUCAUGACAUCCUCACUUCUUUUCUAACAUCCCCAAAUCCCCCUUUUCAUCACACCCACUUCUUCAAAAGUUUGUUGGUAGUGAAAACAAACAGACACAAAUUCUAGAGAGAGAGAGAGAGAGAAACUCUAGGGUUCGCUCACUUUGCAAGAAACCCACCCUUCUUCCUUUUUUCUAACGCCUGCAAUUCCAUCCGUUUCACCUUUACUUCACCUUCAAAUCAAUUCAAUUCAAUUCUUCAUAACCCACAAAUGCCCUUCAUUCAUUCCUCUUCAAUCCUCCGUAAAAUUCGUUACAUGGGGUUUCGUAUCGUGAAAUUCAGGGCUUGAUUUUGGUAAUUCUUGGCUAAAGUUAUAAUCUUUUUACAAGGGUAGGUGGGGUUUAGCCGUUUAGGUGAAUUGUUGUGGUUAGAAAGAUGUAUAUUGAGGAUCUUGAUGAAGAUGUGGAUGUGGGGUUUUCCGGUGAGUCUUGCGGCGGUGGUGCGGUGGUGGUUUCGGAUGCGAAAAGAGUGUUGGUCGGAGCAGGGGCUCGUGCUCUGUUUUAUCCAACUUUGUUGUAUAAUGUUGUCAGGAACAAGAUUCAGACAGAGUUCAGGUGGUGGGAUAGAGUUGAUCAGUUUGUGUUGUUAGGAGCGGUACCGUUUUCCACCGAUGUUUUACAUUUGAAAGAACUUGGUGUUUGUGGUGUUGUUACACUUAAUGAGUCAUAUGAGACUUUGGUUCCAACAUCAUUAUAUCAUGCUCAUGGAAUUGAUCAUUUGGUGAUUCCAACAAGAGAUUAUCUAUUUGCUCCAUCGAACGAUGAUAUUUGCAAAGCUGUCAAGUUUAUCCAUGAAAAUGCUUCUGUGGGUAAAGCAACUUACGUUCAUUGUAAGGCUGGGCGGGGUCGUAGCACAACUAUCGUUCUCUGUUAUUUGGUAAAACACAAGCAGAUGACACCUGAUGCUGCUUACGAGUAUGUUAAGUCAAUUCGACCAAGGGUCCGUUUAGCUUCUUCCCAGUGGCAGGCUGUUCAGGACUACUACUAUCUUGACAGAGUUAAAAAACAACCGAAUUUUGAACCGUUUGAUGAUGCAGCCGUUGUUUUGGUGGCAGAAUCUGAUCUCGAGGGUUACCAAGAGAGUUUUGACUCAGGUUUGACUCGAAACAGAAAUAUUUUGGCGGAACUUAGCUUGAUUUGCAGGGCGCAGUUUGCUAGUCAGGCUACCGUUGCAAGGCUUUCGUGCUUGUGGCUUGGAUGCAAUGAUGCUGGUCGGAAAAUGGGGUCGAAGGAAUUCGUGAGCUCUGAACAGAUGGCGGAUGUCGGGAUUAACAUUCGUGUUCAUUGAGUUUCUUGUUGCAAAAUGAGGAGUUGGUGUGAAGUGUUAAGGAGUUAUGAAGUGUGUAUAUGGAGAGUAUUGAGUGUCUUGGAUAUUUCUUAUUAAGGAAUAAUGUAAAGGAUGGUGUAAGUUAAAUGCCAAAAGAAAGGCAUGGGUUUGUGUGUGAAUAUAUAUCAUCAUAUAUAUUAUGAA